AUGUUAACCAGUGAACAAAAUAAGCUUGAAAAAUCAUUUGAAAUAAAUGAUAUGGCAAUUCAACAAAACAUUGAAGUUGUUGAUUCACAUGUCACAGACUUGGCUGAAUGCAAAGGUAUUUUUACUAGUGUUAUGACCAUGGAUAGAUUAUGUAUGAUGCAAUAUGACAUAGAGGGAUGA